AAAAAUUCGGUGUCAGUUUAGUAAUCAGUUAAUACCAAUACUCAUUUUGACCACAGCAAUUAUUAAAUAUCCCAAAAAUGCAGCAGUCUACAUCGGCACAGUCAAAAAAUACAAGUUCUGGCGAAGGUGCUCGCCUUCCACUGCUAGCCUGCACCAUAAACGGGUGCCUUGUGCCCACCGAGGUGGACAAAAUCAAGACGAAGUGCUCCCAGAUGGUCACUGCUCCAUAUAUAAUUCCAGAACCAGUGGUCGUCGGAAAGACAUCGGUUUUUCAAGUUGCCGGAAUGAUGGCCCAAAUGGGCGACAUUCUUUCACGUGCCCAGGGCUCGGAUUUGGAUCAGCCCAUUUAUCGGAUUAAGCCAGGAACCCAUGCCCAUGUCAUUAAUUAUCAGCUCAUAGAGGAGAAGUCAGAUUUAAUGGAUAAAGUUAGAUCCGGUGUCCCCGAGGUCGAGCAUCUGCGUUUGGAUUUCCAGAGGGAAUGUGCCAUCACAGAGUUGCAGAAGCUAAUAACCGAUUACGAGGGAACGAUUCCACAUGUCAUCAAUCACUUACCACCCGCGGCACCAAAUGCAAAACCAUAAUGGCACAGUCAUAUCCUGAUCCUUCAGAACCAAUUCCUUCUGCCCAUAUGCAAGUGUAUUUCUUGGAGCCACCGAGCGGACAGA